ACAAAAUUUUUCCAUACCAUAUUUGUUCAUUUAUUGAAUUUUUGUCUUUUCUAUUUCAUAAUAACUAUUGUUGUUUUUUUUAAUUUUUAGCAAUCAUCAUUUGCAUUCUAGUUUUUCUUAAUAAUUAAAAUAAAGUAGCUUAAAUUUUCAUUAAUUCAUCCCAUGGCAUUACCACCCUUUCUACUUGGUGACGACCUUCUAAAAUUUAGAACUCGACAUUGUCAAAGAUUCGUUAAACAAGGGUAUUGUAAUUUUGCUGAUAAGUGUCAAUAUUCUCAUAAUAUCGAAUGGACGCGUCGACCUUUAUGGAAAUAUAAUUAUACAGAGAAAUUAUGUGAUUUCGUUUGUGGAAAUGAGUGUUCAUCCAAGGCAGAACGCUCACAAACUAUAUGCGGUCUUCAUCGUCAGUGCCCGUUAGCUCAUUCCUACGAAGAACAAGUGUAUCAUCCAAAAGUGUACAAGCGUGUUCUUUGUCAACGCUACAUACAAAAUCAAUGUCCGCGUUACUAUUGCCCUUUCGCGCACGGAGUAUCCGAACUCCAAGGAACAGAACCAAUGGAUGGAAAUUUAUUGUCCAUGAUAUCUCUAACACAAGACAUUGUGGCUCCAAUAGUAGAUUCUUUUUCAAAUCACACGAACUAUUUAUGUGAGACACAAAAUAAAAAAGCCACAUGUGAGAAAUCGGUUAGAAAUAUUUCGGGUUGGCCACAUACAUCGUCAGACACUUUCCACACGUUUGUAGCUGAUUCCUUAGACAACAUCUCGAAUCAGAAGCAAAAGCAAUUGGAAGCUUUAUUUGAGUCCACCACGCAUCCAUCUUGUUCAGAGUUUUUCAAGCAAAGCGAUAGUCUUUUAUCUCAUUAUUUUUCAAAAACUAAAACUAAUGUAAAUCAAUCUUUAACAAGCCAAAUGAAUCUUGCGGGUCAUGUAAACAUCGAAAUUCCACCCUAUCCCGAUUUAUUGAACGUUUGUGAUGGAGAUAAAAAAUUUAAAAAACAAAUCUACGAUACAUUAGAUAUUGAUUUAAAACCGUUUGAAUUUAAUUAUUUCCAAAAUAAAACAUUGAAAUGUUAUGAAUUAUCAAUAGGAGCAGUUAAUACAAAUUAUGAAUGGAUGGUGAAAGCUUAUGUGAAAUUAAGUUCUUUUUCAAAACAUCAGACAUUUGGUCUUAAACAGGUUUUUUUAACACCUUCAUUUUUUGAGUCAGACGAUAAUUACAAAAAACCUCGAAGCUGUUGUUUAUCCCUCGUGUCAGAUGCCUCUUUUUAUCCGGAUUGGCCAGAGCAAAAUACUUCAGUUACAAUGACACAGAUAAAGCAAGGACUUGAAUCCCUGACAUACACUUUGCAAACUGUCCAACACUUUUUAAAAAGUGUUGAUGCGCUACAUCAGACAGGAUUUUCACACAAUUAUAUAACACCUUGGAUACUCGUUAAACCUUCAGUAACUGAGGAGAGUACCAUUGGCCAGUUAUUAUAUGGGGCUUUACCUUUGCUUACAAAUCGUGUCAAUAUAAGCUAUUUAAUUUGCCAAAGCCCCGAAGUUCUACAAUCCAUUAUGACAAAAAAACAAUCCAUUAUUGAAAAACAUUGUACACCGUCUGCUGAUAUCUGGAGUUGUGGCAUCUGUAUGUUUUUAUGGAUAUCUGAAAACCACUGUCAUCCAUUUGGAAAUACAUUAGAAGAAAUUUUUCAUAAUAUUUUUAAUGGAAUAACAACAAAUUUAAACAUUUUAUGGAAAGAAAAAUUUCCAUUGUUGUAUCAUUUACUUAACAAUAUGAUAACAAUAAACCCGCAGGAACGUAUCUCUUUAAAACAAGCUUUACAGCACCCUGCAUUUUGGCCCAUUCAAACAAAAAAAUUCUAUUGCCAUUUAUUGACAACAGUACUGCGUUUAUCUCCAUCCGCUACGGAGAACAUUACCCUUCCUAUAGGAUGGUUACAUAAAAUUGUUAAUAACACAUAUAAUAAUGAUAGCCUCGAUAAUUCGUUUCAAUCAUUAAUGCAGCUCUUUAAAUUACCUUUCGUUGAUAUGUGGAUUUUCGUGAGGGAAUGUCUGGAUUUGUUUACUACCAUGUUUCCUUCAAUUCCUUUACGACAUGAUAUGGUAACCGAAAAUCAUAUCAUUAAAGAAUUAUGCAGUCAGUCGUCACUGGGUUUGGUUUACUUUCUCUGCCUUAUUUACGCUCAUGAUGAAUCCUUACAUUUUCAAACAAGUGAAAUUGUUUCUUCCAUCUCAAAACGUUUUCCCGGACCACUUCUUAAUAUAUAUACAUUUAUUUGGCAGACAAAUUCAAAACAAGUUUUUGAUCCGUUUUCAUUUGUCCUCCCUUCUUAUCCUUCCAACCUUAACAUACCAACAAAUCAAAUUCUUCAAAAUUUUUAUCAACCGAAGGAAGCUGCACUUCUUAGAUUGUCUUCUUCAAUGAUGGAGGAUGUUCUUGAUGGAGAAUCGACAACGGCAUCCUCCACAUGUCCUCCUUUUGUACAAUCCGUUCUUUCAUUUAUGGAGGGCGACGCGUAAAUUGUAUCUUUGUAUAGGCUCCAGCUAAAAAAAAAAGUAUUUACAAUGCUACUGUUAUUAAUGUUGUUUUCUUUCAUUAGAGCAUUUAAAGAAAAAAGGUUUAUUUUUUUUUUUUUAUUCUUCUUGUAAUUGUUGCUGAGAAUUUUUCAAAAAUAAAUUAUUUUUUUAUUCUUAUAACA